AUGGAUUAAAAUCUGGAUUUUCAACAUUAAAAUCUAAUACUUGUUUUUUUUUAUAUUUAUCAUUUAGUACUCAAGGUAUUUGUAUAUUUUCAUAAAAAGUAAGUCUAAAAAUUAAAUAAUGCAAAUUAAUUAACAAUAAUGCUGAGGAUUUGGGAGGAGGUUUAUAUAUGUAAUUUGAAUCUUGUGAUUUUAUUGUUAAUAGAACAAUCAUUAUAGGAAAUAUAGCUAGAAUAGGAGGUGGUAUAUAUUUAGAUGGUAACUGCAAUCUAAAUACUAAUAAUUUUUUAUCAUUCUUAUUACUUUUCAACACUGCUUAAGAAUAUGGGAAUAAUAUCAUAAAGACACCAACUCAUUUAGCUUUUUUCAUUAAUUAUAUGGAGAAUCCUUCACAAUUUGUUAAUAUAAACAAUUAAUAAAUAAAUUUAUUAUAUUUAAAAACCUACAGAAUGA